AUGGGCAAAGUGUGUGUGCGAGGGGGAGCGGCGUGUGAAUGCUGUAGGCUUCUGCCCCUCCCUGGUGCAUCAUCUGGUUUUUUGGGGGCUCUUGCAGCUGCUCCUUUGCUGCGCAUGCUGCCCUGCGCGUGCGUUUGUUUUCAAGUUUCUUGCAGAGACCCCCCUCCAGAUGCGAUUUUCGAGGGAUGGGCGGAUCUUGUUGCCGAGGAAGAGAGGCUGUGGGGUUCCGGGGAGGCGGCGGCAACGGCCGCAGAAGAAGUUGUUCGCGGGGAGCGACCCCUUACGAUCAAAGACAAAGUCAACGAACGCAUCCUGAAGGGCAGGAAGGCACUCAUUAGCGAAUAUGCCUUCAAGCAGCCGCUCAGCAAACACACGCUGUGGAUCGUCACACCCAAACAAGGUGCGUACUGCGAUUUGAUGAAGCAAGACACUGGACGUGUGUCAUCGCUCGUGAAUAAACUGCGUUGGAAAUACGCCUCGACUCUCUUGGAAGUUGGGCAUGUUCAAAUGCGGGCAAAUGUACCGCUUUGCGAAGUCUUCAUCGCAGGGCCCUUCCCCGGAACCUGCCGCAUCUUUUAUGCUCGGGGUGCAACUUUGCAGUACCGCGUGCGGCCGCGCUUUCGCACGAUCUGUCCUUUGCUAGAGAAGGAUGAGAGGCUGCAGCAGAAGUACGGAGGAGCUGCGUGUCCAGGCCUCUUUCCCACAUGGGAUGAAAGCGGCAUCCUGGAAGAAGUGGACGAAUGCAUGAACCGGCCGCCGCCAGACAUGGAGUCUUAUCCUGUAAAUCUUGAAUGGGACAAUGUCGCUGGCCUCUCCCCUGAAAAUCAAGACGAACGCCCUUGGUGGUAUAACAACGUGCACUAUCCCACGCGGCAGGCUGUGCAGCGAGCAUUCGAGGAGGGCACAGAAGACUUCAGGGAUGUAAUUGAGGAUGAGUACAAGCUAUUGAAGGAAGAAGACAGGAAGGAGGGGAAACGGCUUGCACACUUGAAAGCCAUGAGGGAAAAGGAGAAAAAAGGAUUCUGA